AUGAAGCAGGGGUUUCGAACCGUUGAUAGGGCGCGGGGUGGUGGCGAGCUUGAGAAGAAGAAGCGAAACAUCCGCUGGCCUCUCCAGAUUACCGGAUGCCUGGACCUGGACCGGGGAUCUAGACGGGCGAACGCGUCGCCACGUGCCCAGACCUUUCCGAAGCAGCUUGUGCAGCUUCUCUCGUCUUUCGCCGUCGCAGUAGAGGAGAUGCAUAGCAUGGAAGGACAAUGCUGUGCCUUUUUACUGCGCUGA